AUGGGAUCACAAGGCGGAGAAGUUGAGCAUCUGCUCAGCCCAUUGAAAAUGCCGGAGUUCACACUCAAAAACCGAGUGGUGAUGGCCUCAUUGACUCGCAAUCGAGACAAUGUUCCUCGGGAGAAUCUCCAUGUUCCUUAUUAUAAGGAGCGGGCUGGUACAGGAUUGAUCAUAUCCGAGGCUGCUUUAAUUUGCCCUCAAGGGGUGGAAUGGACUUUCAUGCCAGGAAUCUACUCGCAGGAGCACGUAGAAGGAUGGAAAAAGGUCACCCAGGCUGUUCAUGACAAAGGCGGAUUGAUCUUCUGUCAACUGCAUCAUGUCGGUCGUGUAGCCCAUCCAGGUACUCGAGUCCAGCGUGCAGCGGGCGAGCCUGUUUUUGGUCCUUCAGCAGUGGCCGCAAGAGGCGGAAAGUUCCGCAAUGUGCCAGGAGGCCCAGGCUACGUGACGCCAACUCCAAUUGAAGACCCUGAAAAGAUCAUCGAGCUCUAUGGCAAUGCGGCGCGGCUUGCAAAGGAGUCCGGCUUUGAUGGAGUCGAGAUUCACAAUGCAAAUGGCUAUCUUCCAAUGCAGUUCCUCGAAUCCCACAGCAAUCGUCGAACAGAUAAAUGGGGCGGAUCGAUUGAAAACCGGAUGCGAUUUUCGCUAUCCUGUCUGGCCAAAUUGAACGAACAUUUCCCAUAUGGUCGCAUUGGUGUCAAAAUCGCCCCAUGCGGUGGCUACAACGACAUGGGCGAGAUGAACGCUGAGGGUCGACCGUGUGCCGAAGCGUCCAAGAGAACUUACGGUCCUUUUUGCGCCAAGUUGGAUACUUUGGGACUUGCAUACGUUCAGGUAAUGCGUUGGUGGUCCGCAUACGAUCUGAUGAUUGAUGGAAAACCUCGCGGAGUUGAGUGGGAUCCAAUCGGCUACCUUCGUCCAAUUCUCAAGGACACUCUGCUCUUCGGAAAUACUGCUUUCACUCCAUCCGAGGCAGAUGACUGGAUUCGAAGAGGUCUUAUAGAUGCUGUGGUAAUUGGACGACCAUUGAUCUAUAACCCCGACUAUGUGGAGAAGAUUCAGGCUGGAAAAGUCAGUGAUCUAUAUGAGGAGCAACCUGGAGAUGAGCAUUGGUGGUACAAAUGGCGCAACAACGACAAGCGGGAUGGCUACUUGAACUGGGCUCAAAGAACAAUCAUACCUGAAUCCUUGGCGGUGAAAGAUCGACGUAGUUUGAUUCAUGACUAG